AUGACAACAGAAAAUUUUAACCAAGAAAACACUAAUCCUAAUCUUCAAAUUGAAGAAAACUCCACAUACCCAUUAGUUAAUAAUAUUACAUACAAAGAGUGUGUAAAUAAUCAAACGAAACGUAGUUUCAGUUAUGUUAUUAUAAAAGAAGGUGUUUAUCCUGAAAAAGUCCUUACUGGACCAAAAAGCAAAAAUUCUGUAAUUAGUAGAAAAAAAAGAUCAAUUCAACAAUAUAAAAUCCCACAUAAUUAUAUUGUAGAAACAACAUGGGGACGAGCAGCUAAUAAACGAACAGUUCGUUGUAAAAUUAAUUAUGUUGAUGGAAUACCUCAAUUUUGUAUUGAAUAUGGUUUUAACUUUCAAAAUGUCAUUUUCUCAACUAAAUCUCCAUCUGAUGCAGCACUUAAUUAUGAGAGAGCUUUAAAACCAGGGACAAAGGCUACUAUUUCAGGUCCUCUUGUAUUUGGAUUACAAUUAAACAGUGUGCAAAAGGCACGUGAAGCAAGAAGAAGAGGGCAUUUAAUUAAACCAGCCAAUAAUUGUGUCCAAUCAACACUUGAAAAACGUGCUAAAAAAAUUGCAGAAAGAACACAAGUUAGUUUUAAUAAUAAUGUUAAGGAAAUUUAUCAUGAGUCUGAUAAAGUUAUGCUGAAAGAAAUUGAAUUCUCACUUAAUGAUAUGGAUUUUCAAGUGAAUUAUGGUUAUGAACAAGAAAAAAAAAAUCAUCAAAUUCAAUCUAUAGUAAAAGCAGUUGACCAAGGACAGAUAUCCAAAUGUUCUUAUCAAAAUUUAGCUGCUGCAGAAUAUAAUUUACCAUGUUUAGGCUCU